AUUUGUAGGUAGCCGCCGGCAACGGCAAAAUCUUAACAAGGUCAGUGGCACGUGCAUGAGCACCAGCUGUCAGUGACCUAAGCAGCGUAGUGUGUUAGGAAAGAACUUUCUAGAGGCAACGACAGAGCUCCCGUUCUUUAGUCUGGUUAGUCAAUCAAUAAAACUAACUUUGUCGUCUCAGAGAUGGCCAGAGGUAGCCGCAGCCGUUCCUCAGCUCCAGCCAGCCCAACUCUAUCCCAUGCGCCGGCCCCCGCUCAUCCACCUCCUGCAGCCCUGGCCCCGGCUCCAGCUCAGUCCCAGGGUCCUGGCCUCAUGGCCCAGAUGGCUACCACAGCUGCUGGGGUGGCAGUAGGCUCGGCUGUGGGCCAUGUUGUUGGCAGCGCCCUCACAGGUGCAUUUAGUGGCAGCAGCAGCAGUAGUUCAGAGCCAGCCAAGCCAACAUACCAGGAGCCCCCCCGGCCUGCUCCAGCCCAGACAGGCCCCUGUCACUUUGAGGUCAAACAGUUCCUGGACUGUGCCACCAACCAGGCUGACCUGAGUUUAUGUGAGGGCUUCAAUGAGGCGCUCAAACAGUGCAAGUACUCCCACGGUGUGACAUCACUGGUGUGAAGAAUGGGCGUCAGCUGUCAUGACGGACAUAUUUCACUAAAGAAACAUACUGUAGACAUGACCACAUAACACUUAAAUGUGAACCGUGUACCUGUACCUCAGGCAGUGAGGCACCUGAUUGGUUUUGUUGAUUGAUGACCAUUUAAUGUAUGAAAUGUUUUUGGUUUGUACAGUGAUUAACCUAAAAUAAAUAGCUGCUAUCUACUUGCACUUUC